GCGGGGUGUGGACUCCUUCGCUAUGGCAGCCCGCGUUUCCCCUGAGUCUUGGGUUUCCUGACACCUCCAGCAAGCGAGAUCUCUUGGGCAGUCGUCGCAGUCAUGUACCCGCCGCCGCCGCCGCCGCCGCCGCCGCCGGCGCCUCACCGGGACUUCAUCUCGGUGACGCUGAGCCUGGGCGAGAGCUACGACAACAGCAAGAGCCGGCGGCGGCGUUCGUGCUGGAGGAAAUGGAAGCAACUUUCGAGGUUACAGCGGAAUGUGAUUCUCUUUCUCCUGGGCUUUCUGAUUCUCUGUGGGUUCCUGUAUUGUCUUCAGGCGGCUGACCAGUGGAAAGCUCUGAGUGGCAGACCUGCAGAAGAACAGAAGAUGAAGCCAGAAGUCCUGCCUGUCUUACCAGCCAUUCAAAAGGAAAUUACUAAAUCAGAAGGGUUUUCAGACAUAGUCUCUCAGAAGCGGCAAAAGCAUUUCCGGCGAGGUCCUCCCCACCUGCAGAUCAGACCCCCCAACACAGUCUCCAAGGAUGGGAUGCAGGAUGAUGCUAAGGAGAGGGAAACCGCCCUGGGGAAGGCUCCACAGGAAGAAGACACACAGAAAGCCAUCAUCAGCUGGCGGGGAGCAGUGAUUGAGCCUGAACAGGCCACUGAACUCCCUUCAAAAAGAGCUGAAGCCUCCACAUCUCUUCUGGCAUUCAGGAUGUGGAAAGAGCCAGCUCCCCCGAAUGAGCGCCAGAAGGGGGUGAUUGAGGCCUUUCUCCAUGCUUGGAAGGGUUACCGAAAGUUUGCUUGGGGCCAUGAUGAAUUGAAGCCUGUGUCCAAAACCUUCAGUGAGUGGUUUGGCCUGGGCCUUACCCUGAUCGAUGCCUUGGAUACCAUGUGGAUUUUGGGUCUGAAGCAAGAAUUUAAGGAAGCCAGGAACUGGGUGUCACAGAAGUUAGACUUUAAGAAAAAUGUCGAUGUCAACCUUUUUGAGAGUACCAUCCGCAUCUUAGGGGGCUUGUUGAGUACCUACCACCUAUCGGGGGACAGCCUCUUCCUGAGAAAAGCUGAAGAUUUUGGAAACCGACUAAUGCCGGCCUUCACCACACCCUCCAAGAUUCCGUACUCUGAUGUGAACAUUGGCACUGGAUUUGCCCACUCACCCCAGUGGACUUCAGACAGCACAGUGGCAGAAGUGACAAGCAUUCAGUUGGAAUUCCGGGAGCUCUCUCGUCUUACCGGAAUUAAGAAAUUCAAGGAGGCCGUGGAGGAAGUGACAAAGCACAUCCACUCCCUGUCUGGGAAGAAAGACGGGCUGGUGCCCAUGUUCAUCAACACCAACAGCGGCCUCUUCACCCACCCGGGAGUGUUCACCUUGGGUGCCAGGGCCGACAGCUACUACGAGUACCUGCUGAAGCAGUGGAUCCAGGGUGGCAAGAAGGAGACACAGUGUCUGGAAGACUAUGUUAAAGCUAUCGAGGGCAUAAAAGCACACCUGGUACAGCAUUCUCAGCCCGGAAAGCUCACUUUUGUGGGAGAACUUGCCCAUGGCCGCUUCAAUGCCAAGAUGGACCACUUGGUGUGCUUCCUGCCAGGGACACUGGCCCUGGGCGUCCACCAUGGCCUGCCAGCUGACCACAUGGACCUGGCUCAGGCACUCAUGGAGACGUGCUACCAGAUGAACCGACAAAUGGAGACAGGUCUGAGCCCCGAGAUUGCACAUUUCAACCUGUAUCCUCGGGCAGAUCAUAAGGAUGUGGAGGUCAAGCCAGCUGACAGGCACAACCUGCUGCGGCCAGAGACUGUGGAAAGCCUCUUCUAUCUGUACCGUGUCACAAGGGACCGCAAGUACCAGGACUGGGGCUGGGAAAUCCUGCAGAGCUUCAAUAAGUACACACGGGUCCCCUCAGGUGGCUACUCAUCUAUCAACAAUGUCCAGAAUUCCCAGAAGCCUGAGCCCAGGGACAAGAUGGAGAGCUUCUUUGUGGGAGAAACGCUGAAGUACCUCUACCUGCUGUUUUCUGAUGAUCUGGAGCUGUUUAGCCUGGACACCUGUGUGUUCAACACAGAAGCCCAUCCCCUACCCAUCUGGGCUCCUGCCUAGGAGGAUAGCACCUAGCCUGGGGACUGAUAGAGGCAAGGUGGUCCUUUGGGUCUGUGACCUUCACAGGGCCCACAUAGUUUUGGGCAGCCAUCAAGUGUGAUGCCCCUGUCCAGUUCUAGGUUCCUCUUAUCUCAGCUUUUCAUAAAUAUGGUAGGAGGAACAGGAGUCCAAACAGGUAUGGGAAUCUGGGAUUUAGACUGACUAGUCUACCAGAAGCCUUUGACUUCCUUGUAAACUCAUGUGACUCCUGGUUCCUAUGCCUGAAGGACCCUGUUGGCUGGCUGCAGGCAGCCCCAUGGUAGUCCCCAAGACUUAUCACCUCCUGGGACCCAGUGCCUGUAUGGAGUUCAGAGUGACAGCCCAAGUCAGUGAGGUGCUGGGCUUGGCCUGAAAGCCUGUGAAAGCCUGACUGACCCACAGGUCUGGUGGGCCAGUGUGACCUCGAGGGGCCUUGUGGCUCUAGUGUUUACGGGUUGGACUCAGGGAUCCUCCUGGCUACCCUACUGGGCUGGCAGGGGUUAGAGCAGCAAAUUUGUCUUACUCCCAGGAUACCCUGGUAUAAUGUGACUUCUAAGUUGAGAUGAAAGUGGACUUGGCCCACUGUAAUGAGCCCUGUGUCAGGGAAGGAGUGGGAUUUGUAGACUGACCUUAAGGAGAUAGCAAGUCCUCUAGGUAACAUCUCAGUAACUGCCCCUAAAGUCACAAAUUUUAUCCACUUCAGGUAGGAAGAGCUGGGAAGGGCAGGCUUUGGAGAUGUCCUGCAAACAGACCAGAAGGCUUGUUUGUGCUGUCUUAGAAUGGUCUGUGAAGGUCACCUCCUGACUGAUGGAUGGAGUAACGCCAGGAGCAUCAUGUUCCUUUCUUGUAGUGAGAUGUUUGUGCCUUCGUGUCUGAGCCAAUGGACGUGAGGGUAGAGUAGGCCUUAUCUUUGACUGUCUCUGACCAUUGGAUUGGAUUCUCCUAUCUCAAGACCAGGCCAAUCCCAUGUAGAACUGUGUAGGGUAAACUGGACAGAACCUAAGACACCUCAAGGUUCUGGGCCUGUGUUCUUGUGCACCCCAAGAUCUAGAGGUUUGACAUGCUCACUCCCCAUCUGUAGCUCAGAGCAUCUCAGUGGCAGCCACCCUGUGCCUGAGGCACAGUAGUUGCUCCAGGGACUUCCUGUCAAAAUACUUGUACCCCAAGCCAGCUCUAACCCCAAAGGUGUCUACAAAGAAGGACCUGCCUGGUGACAUGUCCUGAGGCCUCAAAUUCAUGUGUAGAGGUGGCCUACCCACAUCUGUCUCCCAGCGCUGCCUUCCUGCACCAGGAGCCCCAUAGCUUUGUGAACAGGCAGGUUCAGGCUGUGGACAAGGCCUAAGCAGUUGAGAAGUGUGUGUCCUCCAACUCCCAGAUGUCUUCUUGAGGAUGUGGUUAGUGUCAAGGGGAUAGCAACUGCCCUGUGGCCUUCUGAAGAGGACUAGAACAACUGGACACAAGAUGUGCACAAAACUGGGAGCCACACUGAAGCAGCCAUGGGAAUGGUCUGGGGAGGGGAGGCUGGUCCUCAGUAAAGGCAGAUUUCCCUCUCUCACCCAGGAGCACGAAACCUGAGAGCUGGAGUCUCUGCUUAAUAAAUGUCUAGUGUCCCAGCA